AAGGCCAUGCGCAUUAAAAUGGGCAUUCUAUUAGCUAUCAGUAGCAACAUUGUCUGCAUAUAUAUAUUAACAAUUUCAGUUAUUGUGUGGUCUCUCUGUCAUCCGCACAGGGUCCUACGCUACGAUAUUUUGACGUCAAUAACCCAAUUAAGAUAAUAGAGUCAAACGUGCAUUCUUGUUUACAUAGAUAUGUCUACGUUAGAUAAUACACAUAGGUAUGUAACCGCAGUUAUUGACUUGCAAUUGUCAUACUGAGUAAACGCGUUAAGAGAAAUUAAAUUAAUAGAAAUCAAAAGCGUUAUUGCGAUAAUGUUGUUUACGGUGUUUUUGUUCUUGUUAAUAUCUGCGAGCGUUCUUAGUAGCAACAGCGUUACAAACGCCGUGAACGGUGAACAAUAUAUCUUCGAUUUCACUGGACCGGACGGAGUGGAGGGAUGGCAGGAACAAUCGGAUACCGUGCGCUCUGUGGGAAUGUCUAAAGCAGUUCUAGUCAUGCACCAGAACACUGAAUACAAACGAGCGAUAUUCUUCGCCCUGCUAAAUCCUCAGACAGACGGGUCAGGGUUCGCUGGAGUCAGGGCUUUAAGGAAAUAUGAUGAUUUGACUGGGUACACGAAGUUGCAGUUGCGGUGCCGAGCCCAGGGACAGUUCAACGGCUUCAAAGUCGUCUUACGGCAUAAGGACUUAAACGACGAGCCUAAUUAUUCCUUUGAGCAAUUUUUCCAAGGUCCAGAGAAUGAAUUUGCGGUCCGUGAUCUACCCUUAUCAGAAUUUAAUGCAUACUAUCGUGGCCAACAAGUCAGUAACGAGACCGUAGAUGUAUCCCAAAUAACUAGUAUUGGUAUUCAAAUGUAUGGAGGAGUGUACGAGCCUGUUAAACAGAAAGGUCCUGCUACUUUAGAGAUAGAUUGGAUAAAGGCAGUAUAGCAACUUUUAACUAUGGGUAUAAAUAAAUGAUGAGCUAUUGUAAUGUAAAUACA